AUGUCUGGAGGAGGAGGGAUGUGUGAAGCCAAACCAGCUAGUUCCUGCUGCUGGAGUGGCGAGCUCUCCGAGGGCAGGGGUGCACCAGGGGCCAGCCCUUGUGUGGAUAACAGACCCUUGUUCUCAAGUUUUGGGGAUCCGGGAAGCACUGGGCCUAGCGGCUGCCACUUCUUCCAAGAAUGCUGCAGUCCUGAAGGCCCCGAGCGUACGUCUCCGAGCCAGAGCUGGCCGAAACUACUCCACGGAGCCACCGAAGGCUUGGAACCCAUGGAGGCUCACGGGCCAGCUGCUGCUGGGACAUUGCUAGCUGAGCCAGCAGCCGAGAGGCUAGGUAAGGUGGAGGAGGCCGCCCGUUCUCCCCAUCAGGGCUUUCCAGAAGGCGGUGGGCAGAGGCCUGCCUGCACCGCAGGGGAGGGUGUUGGUUGGAAUGGAAGCUGUGACCGAGUACCAAUGGGGUUGCUCGAAGAGGAUGGCUUGCACUUUACUGAGUCCAGUGCCCCUGGCUCCUGUCUGUCCAGUUACGAACGUUCCUGUAGUUGUUGGGGGGAGAGUUUGGAUCCCUCCAGGACUUAUUUGGAAAAGGGGAACUGCUCGUGUAGCAUCACCUGCCAGCGCUGGGCUUCGGAGUCCCCUGGAGCCGAGGACGAAGCCUUUGCUCCUGAUUCGGCCCCAUCGCUGCAGGGCCAGGAGGAAGAUGAGGAAGAUGACGGAGUGUCCAAGGCCAGCGAGGACCCUUCGGACUCUGGCAGGGUGCUCGGCGGCAGGAAGAAUGGGAGACGCCAGAGGCACCGCUCUGGCACGAAGGACAAGGAGGAGGGGAAGGAGAAUGCCAAGCGGGAGGGGAGAUCUGCACCAGCUGGCGGGAAGCACAAGCAGGCCAGGAAGAGGAGCCAUGUGGACCGGCGGCGCCACCUAAAAGCGGAGGUCCCCAAGCAGCUGGAAGAGCUGGCCUGGGUCUGCGUCUCCUGUUUCAAGAAGCUCAUCAAGCUGGUGCUGGUCAUCACCCAUGAGUGUGGCGAGUACGUGGAAGCUGGUGGGAGGCUCCUCUACUCCUGCUGUCAGCUCGACGCCUGGGACCGGGCCUCAGCCCAAGGCAGCAUGAGGACGUGGAGCCAGCGGGCCAGGAGCAGCUCGGGGAAGGCGGCCCGGUGGCUGGGUUCUGGGGGGAACCGGCUGUGGCGGCUGCUCAAGAUGCUGGGUGCCCUGCUCUUCCUGGUGCUCAUGCUGCUCCUGGGCAGCCUGCGGCUGUGCUGGCGAGUCUCCAAGUCCCUGCUCCUUGCUGGGGCAGCUAAGCUGGGCAGAACCAGCCGCGUGGCCCGGCUCCUCUUGCUCCUGGACUCCCCCUUCCUCCACAGAACGUGGGCUCUCGUCCAAGAAACCAGGACUUGCAAGUACGUGUCACACUUGCUGCAAAAGUGGAGAGGGCUGCUUGGGGCAGCCAAAGGGCUAAGGACCGAUGGGCUGGGAGAGGCUGUGGCUGGCCCUGAUCCUGGCCCAGGGGGGCGCUACCAGCCCAGCCAGGAGGUGGCACGGCUGCUGGCCCUGGCCGACGUGCCUGAGGAAGAGCUGAACCCCUUUCAGGUACUGGGGCUGGAGGUGACUGCUUCAGACACGGAGCUGAAGAAGGCCUAUCGUCAGCUGGCUGUGCUGGUUCACCCUGACAAGAACAAGCAUCCGCGGGCGGAGGAAGCCUUCAAGGUGCUGCGAGCCGCCUGGGACAUCGUGAGCAACCCGGAGAAGAGGAAAGAGUACGAGAUCAAGCGGAUGGCAGAGAGCGAGCUGACCAAAUCCAUGAAUGAGUUCCUCACCAAGCUGCGGGAAGACCUGAAAGAGGCCAUGAACACCAUGAUGUGCAGCAAGUGCCAGGGGAAGCACAAGAGGUUCGAGAUGGACCGAGAUCCGCUCAGCGCUCGCUACUGCGCGGAGUGCGGCAAGUUGCACCCUGCCGAGGAGGGAGACUUCUGGGCCGAAUCGAGCAUGCUGGGGCUGAAAAUCACCUACUUCGCCCUGAUGGAUGGGAAAGUCUAUGACAUCACAGAGUGGGCCGGCUGCCAGCGGGUUGGAAUCUCUCCCGACACCCACCGCGUCCCGUAUCACAUAUCGUUUGGAUCGAGGAGCUCUGGCUCGGGUGGACGCCAGAGAACCGCCUCUGAAGGCAGCCCUACCUCGGCUGCAGACCUGCAGGACUUCUUCAACCGCGUAUUUCAGGGGACCCCAGGGCAGAUGCCCAACGGGGGCUUCUUCAGCCCACCCCAACCCCCCCGGGCAGCAGCUCCUUCUGCUUCUGCUCCAGCCCCGAAGACCGAGAGUGCAGCCCCAAAAGGGGACUCGAAGCAGAAAAGGCGGAAGAAAGUGCGCCGUCCCUUCCAGCGCUGAGGAGCGGCGUGGCCGGUGGGGGCCGCUUUGAACUCGGCCUGGCAGGAGGCCACAAGCACUGGCAGGAGACGAAGCUCCGGUGGACAUUCCAGCAGGCAGCUGGGCGC